CUCAAAUUUCACCGUGAUAUCCGACCCAUUGGUUCCGAUAUUCUUCCAAAUUUGGGAAAUUGAGGGAAUUUUAAGCUCCUCCUCCUCUUUUGUGGCAAGCCGUCAAUGGCUUCCAAAAAAAUCAAAUAACUAGGGUCUCACAGAGCCACUUGACGUUUAUGUUAUUUUGAUAUCUUUUUUUAAUUUUCAACCAUGAUACCAGAUUCAUGGCUCGCCAGAACCAGUAUCUAUACGAUAGCCGUUCUGCAAACGGCGGUAGCACCUCUCUCGUUUGUCUACUUUAUUUAUAACAUCGCAACAGAAUCCAUGCUGUUCAAAGAUCACCCUACUCUCAACACCUAUAUGCACUAUUGGCUAGGAGCCGAACUCGUAUUUUAUGUAUUCUUUUAUAUCACGCGUAAUCGUAUGCAACGAUGUUUACCGAGUGUGACGCCGUCGCCUAAAGAACGAAGAGAACUGUUCAAGGUUUGCCUGGCGAAUGUGGUGGAUGCCAAAGAAUGGCUGCGAGGUUGGUUCAUGCAAGGCAACAAUGCCAGUUGCCAUCCGUCAUUUUGCGAGAUUUAUCGCGAAAAUGUCGCUGAAUGGUUGGCGUGGGCUUUCUUCUCAGCUCCCUUGGAAGAUGUCCUGGAAGACGACAGUUUGCGUUCAGAGCUCGAUUGGAUGAUUAAUAGGUUCGAGUCCAUGUACGACGUGGUUUUUGCACCUGGUUACAAUGACGACAUCUCAACUUUCCGAAUUAAUUUGGAUCCGAUCAAUGCGCACCACCGUCCACUCGUUUUUUAUGUUUUAGUCAUUGGAUUAUCCUGGGUGUUUGGAUUAGUACUUCAGUGUUGGGGAUUCAAGAGCUACGGCCCUGAAACUCGUUCCACUAUCUGGAACCUGAUUGAACUGCAGCAACCUUAUACGAGCCAUAAACGAACCGAACGCAUCUCGUACUGGUUCCGUGAUGGUAACCGAGAUCUCAAACCCAUUAUUUUUAUUCAUGGUAUUGGGGCAGGACUCAUGUGCUAUGGAAGGUUUUUGCGUAUGCUUAUGUCACUGGAUGCCCCGAUUUUCUGCAUCGAACUGUCGUUUGUGGCGAUGCGAUGUGUGGAGGAUGUACCUACCAUGCAGGAGACGAUCCGUGAUUUUGAAAAGAUGCUGCAGCAUCACGGUUUUGAAAACGCUAUUUUCGUAUCCCAUUCGUUGGGCACCGCCGUCACCGCAUGGACGCUGAAAUACCUGAGGGAACGGGUCGCAGGCGUGGUUUUCAUUGACCCCAUUUGCUUCAUGCUGCACUACAAGGAUCUAUGUGUUAAUUUUGUGUAUCGAAUUCCCACCACUGCAAGUCAGUCCAUCAUUAAAUAUUUUGCUUCGACUGAACUGUAUAUAUCGUACUAUAUUUCCCGGCAUUUCCAUUGGUUUCAAACGGCUCUCUUUCUCGCUCCAGAGGACACGGCCAAAAGUCCCAUCACCAUACACAUGCCCGAGCGAACGACUGUGUUCUUGUCCGAGAAAGAUAACAUCAUUGACUCUUCCCGUGUGGCGGCCUAUCUUCAAGAACAUCAGAUCAAAAUGACUCUGAUGGAAAAUCUGGAUCAUGCUUCGUUCUUGAUUAAUGCAGGAUGGGAACGACGCAUUGUAGAAACAGUGGGGGAAUAUGUUCGUUCCAAUGCAAACUAAUCCAUUAAUAUUGUAAUAACUUUUAUAUCAUCCAUACCCCUUAGAAUAUAAUACUGUCACUUUUUGGUAAUAAAUUUCCUAAUCACGAUAAC